AUGUGCUCUGAUUCUUCAGACCUUUCUGUAAUCCCCAUUUAUGCCAAUUGCUCACCCUUUAACCUUCCAAAACCUGCCUCUUCAUUGAUAAACACAGUCAUGAAAUUGGCCUCUAAAGACCCUGAAAGAAUUUCCUAUUUAUCCAGCCUUGUGGCCGCGCCGCUCCAGGCUGCCCGAAAAGGUGCAAGUGUUGUUCCAAUUGCCCAUGGUCAGCAGGUGCUGAACAUCGAAAACUAUGUUCUCCGAGCCAAAAUCGGGAUUAAAUGCGGCGUUGCUGGUAAUUAUGUGGCCAAUGAUUUGUGUAAGAAAUGCUUCGGCACCGCCGCAGCUAGCUCCGCUUCCGCCGUGGUCACGGCGGCGCCCGAAUCUAAGAAAUUAUUUAGAUCCAGCUCAUCCUCGAGGUCUUCGCUGGAGAGGAAAUUUAAUCCGGUUCAGAUCUAUACGGAUUUGAAGAAAAAGGAUUCGGAUUCGGUGGAGGUUGUGCCAUUGAAGCGGGAGGUGAAUCGGUGGAGGCAGUUGGAGGAAGAAGAUGGAGGAGAGAAAUGA